AUGGCGGCCCCCAGCUAUUAUUACCAGGUGCCCUACGGUCAGCCCAAUCCUUACCAUUCCGCGCAGCCCAUUGGACACAUAUAUUGCUAUCCUGCGACUGGCGAACAAAACUUCCAUCCCUAUCCCGCGGUCCCAGGGGCUGUUGUUCCAUACCAGCAGCACGCAUGGCAGCCGACGAGUUCCAGUCAGGCACAGGGGUUUCAUCAGGCGGUUGCCGGACCUUCGAACCCGCCGCCGAUGCCGAUGCCGAUGGGCGGAGCGUCGAACGACUUCUCACAACCUGUUGGAAAUUUUGGCCAUCCGUCCGUUGCGAACCACGCUGGACUUCCUCCCAACGAAGGACAGCCCCUCCCACCCUCCAAACCGCGGCACCAAGCCCCACCACCACCACCAAGACCGAAGAUCCGCGACCCUCUGGCUCAGCGCCCCGGCGAAGGACUCUGGGACGUCGGCGAGCGCCUGCACCACCAAUUGAACAUCGACGAGCAGACCGACAGAGAGCUUGAUCCCAACAAUUUCAUCUUCGACGGCCCCUUCAACAAUAUCUCUGGAGCGGAGAUUGCAGACGUAAAGGCCCAGUGGCUCGAGAACACACCUAUGGCAACACGGGAUAGUCUGCGCCAGAUCUAUCUCUUGACCCUCGACGACAGGGGCAGGCAAUUCUUCAUCGACAACAAUACGGACCCGCUUGAUCGCCUGUACUUCGCCAACAUCCGCCGCCACUAUGCGCAACAGAUGAAUGACCGAGUGGUGCCGGUGGAGCGCUGGGCGUGGUUCCUCGAGGAAAUCAGCAAGCAGACGUCCAAGGCGAAGGCGUGCUUCACGCAGCAUCCGCACAAGCCAACGGCCGAGAGAUACAACCACGACAUCGAGAAGUUGCGCAAGGUGACGAAGCACGGGCGGUUGGCGCUCAAGCGAUGCUGGAUGUUUGGCAUGGGCCUGUUGAACGUAACGGAGCAGUACGGGUGGUUGCAGGCCGCGUUCGGAAAGGAGGUGCUUGAGGCGCGGCAGAGACGGGAUGCCGAGAGGCAGCGGAUUGAGUCGCAGAGGUCCGCUUGGGGGUAA